AGCAUCAGCCAUGAGCGGAAGAGGCAAAGGAGGCAAAGGACUCGGUAAAGGAGGCGCCAAGCGUCACCGCAAAGUUCUCCGUGAUAACAUCCAGGGAAUCACCAAACCCGCCAUCCGCCGUCUGGCUCGCCGCGGCGGAGUGAAGCGUAUCUCCGGUCUCAUCUACGAGGAGACCCGCGGGGUGCUCAAGGUCUUCCUGGAGAACGUCAUCCGUGACGCCGUCACCUACACCGAGCACGCCAAGAGGAAGACGGUCACCGCCAUGGAUGUGGUGUACGCUCUCAAGAGGCAGGGCCGCACCCUGUACGGCUUCGGAGGUAGCGUGUCAGCCAAUCCCGUACGAGCAACAGCACAGUCAAAUUUGCAUGAGGCGCAUAUAAGUUGUACCAGCUGCAGCACAGCCACAUUACCCGUCGAGCGACACUCAUCAGACACAACCAUGCCUGACGCAACAAGCAAAACUCCAGCGGGCCGGAAGGGCUCAAAGAAAGCCGCGGCUAAAACCACCAAGGGCAACAAGAAGAGGAGGUCCAAGAAGAGGAGGGAGAGCUACGCCAUCUACGUGUACAAGGUGCUCAAGCAGGUCCACCCCGACACCGGCAUCUCCUCCAAGGCCAUGGGCAUCAUGAACUCCUUCGUCAGCGACAUCUUUGAGCGCAUCGCCGGUGAGGCCUCCCGUCUGGCUCACUACAACAAGCGCUCCACCAUCACUUCCAGGGAGAUCCAGACCGCCGUCCGCCUCCUGCUGCCCGGGGAGCUGGCCAAGCACGCCGUGUCUGAGGGCACCAAGGCCGUCACCAAGUACACCAGCUCCAAAACCAAGAUGGCAAGAACCAAGCAGACCGCCCGUAAAUCCACCGGAGGAAAAGCUCCCAGGAAGCAGCUGGCCACCAAAGCUGCCCGCAAGAGCGCCCCGGCCACCGGCGGAGUCAAGAAGCCUCACCGUUACAGGCCCGGUACCGUGGCCCUCCGUGAGAUCCGCCGCUACCAGAAGUCCACCGAGCUGCUCAUCCGCAAGCUGCCCUUCCAGCGCCUGGUCAGGGAGAUCGCUCAGGACUUCAAGACCGACCUGCGCUUCCAGAGCUCCGCCGUCAUGGCUCUGCAGGAGUCCAGCGAGGCUUACCUGGUGGGUCUCUUCGAGGACACCAACCUGUGCGCCAUCCACGCCAAGAGGGUCACCAUCAUGCCCAAAGACAUCCAGCUGGCCCGCAGGAUCCGCGGAGAGAGGGCUUAGACUCAGCCCGCACCAGCUGAGGCUGAUCUCAGACCACUCUCAGUAACACAACGGCUCUUUUAAGAGCCACAACACACACUAACAGAGCUACACGUCCCCUGACACACACUGGUAACA